UCUCUCUCUGCCUCUCUCUCUCUCUCUGCCACCAAUUGAAGUGUUGUAAUUAACCAACCAGCCGGUCUGUGGCGGCGAUGGCCAUCAUGUUGGCCCUGGUUCUUACAACACUCGCAUUUGCAGCGACGUCGUUUUGCAUCUUCUCUUUAUUAUACCACACCCUCUCCUGCUACUGGCUCACUCCCAGGCGCAUCAUGAGGAAGAUGGCGAAGCAAGGCGUGCGUGGCCCCAAGCCCCGCCCUCUCCUCGGCAACAUCCUCGACGUCGCCGCCCUCCUCUCCAAGUCCACCUCCUCCGACAUGCCCUCCAUCUCCCACGACCUCGUCCCCCGCCUCCUCCCCCACUACCUCGCCUGGUCUGCCCAAUUCGGUAAGAGAUUCAUCUUCUGGAAUGGAAUUGAACCCAGAAUGUGUCUCACAGAAACCCAUUUGAUCAAAGAGCUGCUGUCCAAAUACAGCUCUGUCUCCGGCAAGUCCUGGCUCCAACAACAGGGCUCUAAGCACUUCAUUGGCCGUGGUCUCUUAAUGGCCAACGGCCCCAAUUGGUUCCAUCAACGCCAUAUCGUCGCCCCCGCUUUCGUCGGUGACCGCCUCAAGAGUUACGCAGGGUACAUGGUAGAGUGUACCAGAGAGAUGCUUCAAUCAUUAGAAAAUGAGGUUAAAUCGGGACGAUCCGAAUUCGAAAUCGGCGAGUAUAUGACCAGACUCACCGCCGAUAUAAUUUCCCGAACCGAGUUUGAAAGCAGCUACGAAAAGGGUAAACAAAUCUUCCAUUUACUCACCGUUUUACAACAUCUCUGUGCUCAGGCCAGCCGCCACCUCUGCCUUCCCGGUAGCCGGUUUUUUCCAAGCAAGUAUAACAGAGAGAUAAAGGCAUUGAAGGGGAAAGUGGAGGGGUUAUUAAUGGAGAUAAUACAGAGCAGAAAGGACGGCGUGGAGAUUGGGCGAAGCAGUUCAUACGGAAACGAUCUAUUGGGAAUGUUACUAAACGAAAUGCAGAAGAAAAAAAAUGGGAACGGUUUAAGUUUAAAUUUACAGAUCAUAAUGGACGAAUGCAAGACGUUCUUCUUCGCCGGCCAUGAAACCACCGCUCUUCUCCUCACAUGGACCAUAAUGCUAUUAGCCACCAACCCAUCAUGGCAGGACAGGGUUCGAGCCGAGCUCAACGCCGUUUGCAACUCCCAAACUCCAUCUCUCCACCAUCUCUCCAAGCUUCCUCUGUUGGGUAUGGUGAUUAAUGAGUCGUUAAGGCUGUACCCGCCUGCGAGCAUUCUUCCCCGGAUGGCGUUUGAGGAUAUAAAGCUGGGAGAUUUGGAGAUCCCGAAAGGGCUGUCGGUGUGGAUUCCGGUGGUGGCGAUUCACCACAGCGAGGAGAUUUGGGGGAAGGAUGCCAAUGAGUUUAACCCGGAGAGAUUUGGGAGCUCCAAGGCGUUUACUUGUGGUGGGUUCAUCCCGUUCGCUUCUGGUCCUCGCAAUUGCGUCGGCCAAGCCUUUGCUCUGAUGGAGACUAAGAUCAUAUUGGCUAUGCUCAUCUCUAAGUUUAGGUUUACGAUAUCACCAAGCUAUCGGCAUGCACCCGUUGUCGUCCUCACUGUUAAGCCUAAAUAUGGUGUCCAAAUUUGCUUGACUCCUUUCACUUGAUCAAUUUUGUUCUCUCUCUCUCUCUCUCUUUCUGUUUUUGCUAGAGUGAAAAGAAAGAAAGAGUUGUAAUGUUGUAUUUUGAGCAAUAAAUAACAAAAUAAAUAAC